AACAACGUUUAUGACAUGAUUUAUAAAAAUUUUUAAAAUAUACAAGUUUUCUUAUAUUUUCUUAAUAAAUUGAAGUGCAAGUGUAAUGUCAGUAACCUCUUUAUGCCUAGCCAAAUAGAAUAAUCAGAUAAUUGUGCAGAUAAAUAAUUCCUUUGUUUCAAAAGUUUUAAAAAAUACCUUCCUCUUAAAGAUAUCAUUUUAUUGAAAUAUAUUGUGAAUUGGUGUAAUUGAAAUCUAAUCAUCCAAGCCCAGCAACAACACAAAUCAACCAAUUUCACGGGAAAUUUGAAUCCACAAUUGUGCCAAUGGAUAGUAUUGUACGAUUUUCUCUCAAAGAUGGUGUCGAAAAAACAGCUCAAAACUUCGAAAAUUUCAAAGUUCUAAUAGAAAAGAUUGAUGGUUCAGUAGUGAAAGUACCAGAUGACCUGUCUUAUGUGGAUGUCAGUAUAGCAGAAGGAAAUUAUAAUAUAAUCAAAAAUACUUCCGAUACCCUUGGUUUCGAACCACUUCUCAACCAAAAACCAUCAGCAAAUGAGAGGAUUACAACGUAUUCCCCAUCAGCGGGAGACUAUGAAGGCAGUCUAAUUGAGGAUGCAGAAUCUGAAGAUGGCGCUGUCAGGAUCAAUAUCAUCGGCAUGACAUGUAUGUCAUGUGUACGGAAUAUAGAGGGAACCGUUGGUAUAAAACCUGGAAUAUAUAGUAUAAAAGUAAAUCUACAAGAAAAAUAUGGUUUAGUUCAUUAUGAUCCAAAGACUGUAUCUCCUCACCAAAUAUGUGAUUAUAUAGAAGAUAUGGGCUUCGAAGCCUCACUACCAUUGUUAUCACAAAAUACGGAAGAAAAGAGUACUUGUUAUAUUAGUAUAAAAGGAAUGACAUGUAAUUCAUGUGUACAAAGUAUAGAAGGUAUGUUAUCUACGAGGGACGGCAUUCAAAUGGUAAACGUAGAUUUAAAAAACAACGAAGGGCGCAUAGAGUUCUUACCGAGCAAGGUAUCCCCGGAAGAGAUAGCAGAACAGAUAGAAGACAUGGGAUUCGAAGCGUACGUGAAGUCUGUCAAUGGCAGAAAUGCGGCAAGUUCAGUCAAACUCACUUCUAAAUCCAAGUCUUCGGAAAAAAUCGACAAUCCCGGUGUUAUUGAUGAUAAGAAACUGGAAAAGUGCAACUUGCAAGUGAAAGGCAUGACAUGUGGGUCGUGUGUAGCUGCAAUAGAGAAACAUGUACUGAAAUUGCCAGGUGUUCAUAAAAUCCUGGUAUCACUCCUGGCAGCCAGAGCGGAAGUCCAAUUCGAUCCGUCUCUCACCAUUCCUUUCGACAUAGCCGCUUCCAUAACGGAUCUGGGCUUCCCCGCUUCGGUGUUGCAGCAAUCGGGGGCAGGAGAGGCGGAUACCGAUCUGGAAAUCAGCGGAAUGACGUGUUCCAGUUGUGUGCACAAGAUAGAAUCCAAUAUACUUAAACUUCCAGGAAUUAAAAGCGCACAGGUGGCACUGACCACUCGAAGGGGCCGUUUCAAGUACGACCCUGAAGUGACAGGUCCCAGAGACGUCAUCGAGGCCAUUAACAAGCUCGGCUUCGCUGCUCAGCUGUUCAGCAGAGAUGGCGGCGGUGCGGACUAUUUGCAGCAGAAGGAGGAAAUCCGGAAAUGGCGCCGGAGCUUUCUGUUCUCGCUGGCGUUCGGCGGGCCGUGCAUGGUCGCCAUGUUGUACUUCAUGGUGCAGAUGUCGGCGGGGAGUAUGUCGCACGAGGAUAUGUGCUGCAUCGUGCCGGGACUAUCGUUGGAGAACUUCAUCAUGUGGGCCCUCUCCACACCAGUGCUGGUGUUCGGUGGCCGCCAUUUCUUCGUGCAAGCGUACAAAGCCCUUCGACACGGCACCUCCAACAUGGACGUGCUCAUAGCGAUGGCGACGUCGAUAUCGUACGCGUACAGCGCAUGCGUCGUCAUAGCCGCGAUGGCGAUGCAACAGCACACCUCGCCGCAGACGUUCUUCGACACGCCCCCCAUGCUGCUGGUGUUCAUCAGCUUGGGAAGGUGGUUGGAGCAUGUGGCCAAAGGGAAGACGUCCGAAGCGCUCAGCAGGUUACUUUCUUUGAAGGCUACAGAUGCUGUGCUCAUUAGUUUGGGCAAAAAUAAUGAAAUACUCAGUGAACAACUAGUGAAUGUGGAUCUGGUUCAAAGAGGUGAUCUCUUGAAAGUGGUGCCAGGUGCGAAGGUACCGGUGGAUGGCAAAGUAAUACAGGGCCAGUCGAUGUGCGACGAGAGCCUGAUCACCGGCGAGAGCAUGCCGGUACCCAAAAAAAUCAGCAGCGCCGUGAUCGGCGGCAGCAUCAACCAGCACGGCCUGCUGAUAGUGGAAGCGACGCACACGGGCGAGGCGACCACCCUGUCGCAGAUCGUCAAGCUGGUGGAGGAGGCGCAGACGUCGAAGGCGCCCAUCCAGCAGCUGGCCGACAAGAUCGCCGGGUACUUCGUGCCGACGGUGGUGGGGUUGUCGGUGCUCACGUUGGUCGUCUGGUCGAUCGUAGGUGCGUUGGACAUAAACAACUUACCUAUCGGCGAGGCAGACAAGCAGGGCUUCAACAACACCGAGAUCAUCUUGCAGUUCGUUUUCAGGUGUGCGUUAAGCGUUCUAGCUGUCGCUUGUCCGUGUGCGCUGGGCUUAGCCACGCCGACAGCUGUCAUGGUGGGAACAGGUAUCGGAGCGGUGAACGGCAUCCUGAUAAAGGGCGCCGAACCCCUGGAGAACGCCCACAAAGUGAAGGCGAUCAUGUUCGAUAAAACGGGUACCAUCACGAAAGGCACCCUCGAAGUGGCCAAGAUCUGGAUGCGAGGCGACACUUUCGGCCCCGCCGUUCUGUUGGCGGUGCUCGGCUCCUCAGAGACCAAUUCCGAGCAUCCCAUAGCCGCCGCGAUCGUCAAGUUCGUGCGAGAGGCGUUGGGCACCGAGUUGAUUGCCAGUUCGUCGAAUUUUCAGGCGGUGCCUGGGUGUGGAAUGAAGUGCAGGGUGUCUAAUCUCACGGAGAUGUUGACUAGGUCCAGAGACAGCACCGAGCUAACAAACUUCGUCAACCUGGUAGACGCCGGCAGUUCGGGCUUGUUCACUGUCAAAGGGGUGCAAAUCGAGGUGAGCCAUUCGCAAAACACGAAGCUGGGCCAGCUGAUCGGCAUGAGUUCGUCGUCGGAGAACCAUUCUGGCGACUAUGACGUCGUGGUGGGCAACAGAGAGUGGAUGAGCAGGAACGGCUUCAUCGUGGCGUCGGAGAUCGACAGGAAUAUGGCGGCCGAGGAGGAGCAAGGGCGGUCGGCUGUGCUCUGCGCCAUCAAUGGUAGCAUUGUUAUGAUGUGCAGUGUCGCCGAUACUGUCAAACCUGAGGCGCAUCUGGCUGUGUACACCUUAAAGAAAAUGGGAUUGGAAGUCAUACUAUUGACGGGAGACAAUAGACAGACAGCUGCGAGCAUCGCCAGACAAGUAGGUAUCACGAAGAUUUACGCGGAAGUCCUGCCGUCGCACAAAGUCGCCAGAGUACAAAGGUUGCAGGCGAAAGGCAUAAAGGUGUGCAUGGUGGGAGACGGCGUCAACGAUUCGCCGGCUCUGGCGCAGGCCGACGUCGGCAUGGCGAUCGCCGCCGGUACGGACGUCGCCGUCGAGGCGGCGCACGUCGUCCUCAUGCGCAACGACCUGCUCGACGUCGUCGCCUGCUUGGAGCUGUCCCGCAAGACUGUCAAUAGGAUCAGGCUGAACUUCUUCUUCGCCAGCGUUUAUAAUCUGUUGGGCAUCCCUCUGGCGGCGGGCGCCUUCAGCAUGAUCGGCUUCAUGCUGGCCCCGUGGAUGGCCAGCGCCGCGAUGGCCUUGAGCUCAGUCUCGGUGGUGUGCUCCAGUCUGCUGCUCAAGCUGUGGCGCAAGCCGACGAAGAAAGACCUCGAGACGGCCGACUAUCUGGCCAGCAGAGACUCGGGCAGUCUGGACAAUAUUUCCAUCCAUCGGGGCUUGGACGAUGUCGAACAGAUCAACGGGAAUGCUUCGAAGUUGACGAGAUUCUUAGGAAAAAACAAAAGUGGUCGACAGCUACUGUUGACCAAUGAUGAAGAGGAGCCGACGAUAUCAUUUUGUAAAGGACAAGAAGUCCACCAACCUCUCAUGUAAUGACUACUUAAAAAUAUUUAUCUGUUUCAAUCCAGUUCCGAGAAUCUGACAUCACUGUUACGAAUUAUAUUUUUUAUAUAUACUAUGUUAUUUCUUAAGUAAUACAUGACAGAGUGCCAGAGUGGUAUAUAACCUCAUAAAUAAUUUUUCUGUACUGUACUUUUAACAAGAAAUGUUUCGUUUGAAAAAUAUAUUUUUACUAC